UCAUUAUAAAUAGGCUCUUUUGUCCCAAACAAUUCCUUGUGCCCACUUCUUCAUCCAACUAAUUAUAACAACUCUUCUUCUGUUCUGUCCCCUCCUGACCACAAGUAGUAGUUGCAUAAUUAGCAACCAUCAUAGCACUUGCAUUAGUCGCUAAUCACAAGAGUUAAGGUUAAUUACAUAGUUCACACACACAAGAGAGAGUGUAGUUAGGUAAACUAUAGCCAUGAGGACUGAACUGGUCACCACCAUGAUCUCCUGUGUCUUCAUCAUGCACUUCACCACAAUCAACUCCAGUGUGCAGCCUCCAUGGCUCCUCUCUCUCCUGUCUCUCUCCUUAGCCAUGUCGUUUGUCGUCGCCAAUCGCCAUGCCCUUGCACGUAGGAAUGGCGCUGCCGCCGCCGCCAUCCCGGGGCCGCGAGGGUGGCCGCUCCUGGGCUCCCUGCCCGCCGUGUCCGGCCCGCUCAUGCACCGCCGCCUCACCGCGCUAGCCGACGCGCAUGGUGCGCGGCGCCUGAUGUCGCUCACCCUCGGCGCCACGCCCGUGGUGAUCAGCAGCCACCCGGACACGGCGCGGGAGAUCCUGUCCGGCCCGGCCUUCGUCGACCGCCCGCCCAAGGCCGCGGCGCGGGAGCUCAUGUUCUGCCGCGCCAUCGGGUUCGCGCCCGCGGGCGAGUACUGGCGCCGCCUCCGCCGCGUCGCGGGCGCCGGCAUGCUCUCCCCGCGCCGCAUCGCGGCGCUCGAAGGCCUCCGCCGCCAUAUCGCCGACGGCAUGGCCAUGAACAUCCGCAGCGAGAUGGAGAGGUCCGGGGAGGUCGCCAUGAGAGCCGUGCUUCAGAGCGCCUCCCUGCAGAGCAUGGCAGGGAGUGUGCUGGGCCUCGAGGGUGGUGCAAGUGAGCAGCUGGCUGAGAUGGUGAGGGAAGGGUACGAGCUUGUGGGCACGUUCAACCUGGGAGACCACUACUACACAUCACUGUGGGGCCCACUGAUGGACCUCUGGGGGGUGGGGCCGAGGUGCAGGAGGCUAGCAGCUAGGGUUAGGGAGUACUUUGGGAAGAUCAUUGAGGAGAGGAGGGUGGCAGGGGACUGCCAAAAGAGGGAUGACCUGCUCAGCUACAUGCUUGCACUGCCGAAGGAGGAGAGGUUGGAGGACUCUGAUGCCAUAGCUGUGCUUUGGGAAAUGAUCUUUCGUGGCGUGGACGUUGUCGCCAUACUUGUGGAGUGGGCCCUGGCUCGCAUCGCACUCCAUCCGGACAUCCAAUCCAAGGCCCACAAAGAGCUCGAUGCAGUGGUGGGCCCCAGGCCCGUCACCGAUUCCGACGUCCCCAACCUUCGCUUCCUCCAGUCCGUCGUCAAGGAGACUCUCCGCAUGCACCCACCGGGCCCACUCCUCUCGUGGGCCCGUCUCGCGGUGCGCGGCGCCCACGUGGGCAAGCACCUCGUGCCCGCGGGGACCACGGCGAUGGUGAACAUGUGGGCCAUAGCGCACGACGAGGCCAUCUGGGGAGACCCAUGGGUGUUCCGGCCAGAGAGGUUCGCGGAGGAAGAAGACGUCAGCGUGCUGGGGUCCGACCUAAGGCUAGCACCUUUCGGGUCCGGCCGGAGGAUAUGCCCCGGCCGGAUGAUGGGACUCUCCACGGUGCACCUGUGGCUGGGCCGCCUCCUGCAAGAGUACGAAUGGUCGCCGGCGCAGCCCAUCAAGCUCGCGGAGCGCCUCCGCCUGUCCAUGGAGAUGAAGAAGCCCUUGGUCUGCCGCGCGGUUCGUCGUGGAGAAGCUGCUUCAGAUCAUGCGAAAUAGCUGCUACCUAGGUUUAGCCGUUCCAAGGAGGACGACGCAAUGGUGCAGAUUAACCUGGGGUGUUUGUGUAAUUGUGUCUGUAUACGUAAGGUUGUAUGUCACGUAGUUAUUUAGCCAUAUGGCAUAGGUGGCUAGACUACCUGAGUAGUUUGUACGUAGUAUUGUAUGUAUCAACCUUGUAUGGAAAUUUUAAGUCUUGGUCACUAAA